GGUAUACAUUAUGGGAACCAAAAAAAAGUUCGACUGAGAAGAAGGAAAGAAAGGAUUAGAGAAGAUAAGAAGAGAUACAAUGAGCUGUUUUAGAUUUCAAUAGAAGAGAAGGGAAGAAGAAACACAUUAGGCUGUUGCAGAUUUCAAUGUCAAGGAGACGAAGUAAUCGUGUUCGAAAUGCUAAACCCGUCACUGCUCCUGCACCUGUCACUGUCACUGUCACGAUCAUCGAGGUCCUUGAUGAAGUCUUGAGACUUAGCUAUGGAUUAUUGUUUGAGGAUCUAAAUGUGUGUCUGGAUGAUUGUGAAGAAGAUGAAUUCAAAAGCCACAGGUCGUGUUGGAAGCAUAUUGCUGCUUUGAAGAAACGCGAUCAAAAACAGAAUCCAACCGAGAAGGAGUUUAAGACAUUCAAAUGGAUUGCACCUUGUUUCUUUGAGGAGUGUCCACGCCGUGAUAGGUCUCCAAGAAGGAUCAAGUGCAAGCAUUUGAACUUGCUCAGGAAAAAACUGUGUUCCAGUUCAUUCAUACGCUACAUAGAGGAAUUAUGGAGGGGGGUCUCUGAUGAGAAGAAGACUUCUUUUGUGUACGUAGAUUGUCUAUGGUUUGGUAUGUACAAAAGCGACAGCCCCAGAAUUAGAAGCAGUGUUUUCGAAUCCAUAAAGACAAAGCAGAUCUUCUCCAAGAAAUAUGUGUUUCUUCCUAUCGUCUACUGGAGCCAUUGGACUUUGUUGAUCUUUUGCAAUUUUGGGGAGGAUCUCUGUGAAGAUAAAACAUGCAUGCUGUUUCUUGAUUCACUGGGAUCAACUGAUUCUUGGAAGCAGCUUGAACCGGAUAUAAGGAGGCGAGUACUCUCUCUCUUUUUGUUUGUGUUGGAGCUAUUCAGAAUCGAGGGCAGGACUGAGGAACAGUCAUUGAUUGAUGAGAUCCCGCUCUAUGUUCCAGAUGUUCCCCAGCAGACAAAUGAUAUGGAAUGUGGAAGCUUUGUGCUCUACUACAUUCAGAGGUUCAUUGAAGACGCCCCUAAGAACUUCAUCGUCGAUGCUUACCCAUAUUUCAUGGAGGAGGCCUGGUUUAGCCAUGAGGACCUGGAUGAGUUCUGCGACAAGCUUAAUUCUUUGGGAACCAUUCGUUGACCAAAGUUUUUAACUCUUAAAGGGUAAAGAGAUUCUGAAGAAGGUUACCAGUUGUGGUAUGAGAUCUCUUACUUCAUCAGUAGGAUUCUAAUUGUGGAUUUUGAUGGGAUCUCAAUUAAGUACAUUCCAUUUUUAAUUAUUCUGUCUGUUAGAUUUUUUAAUUAUGCUUAGAAAGAUAUUCAAGCAAGAUUUCAAAUUGAUUAUACAAGAAAUUCUGAAUCUUUGGAAGAAAAGCAUUUCUGUUUU